AUGCCCGAGCUAGGAAGUACCCGUGCCAUAGCAUUGCGCAGGUUUCUUAAUCUUGAAAAGAAGUUACAAGCUGACCCAUAUCUCCGUGUGAAAUACAUUGAUUUCAUGGCAGAUUAUCAGAAGCUGGGUCACAUGUCCCCAUGCCACUCGAGUACUUUUGCUCAUAAACCUCACUUCUAUAUCCCUCAUCAUGGCAUCUUCAAGUCGGGAUCAGACAAGCUACGCACUGUUUUUGAUGGUAGCUGUAAAAGCUCAAAUGGUGUCAGCCUAAAUGAUUGUUUACACACUGGUCCAGCUCUUCAACAGGACAUUGUCGAUAUUAUCUUGUCGUUUAGAACUCAUCCCGUAGUUUUCAGCACUGACAUUUGUAUGAUGUUCAGAAACAUACUCAUACAUCCCGAUCAGAGGCGUUACCAGCUCAUUCUCUGGCGCUCUUCGCCAGAUCAGCCCCUGCUUACAUAUGCCUUAAACACUGUUACAUACGGGUUAAGAUCAAGCCCAUAUCAUGCUAUACGCACUUUAAUCCAAUUAGCGGAUGAUGAAGGUCAUCGCUAUCCUGCAGCUGCUCAAGUGCUGCGCAAGUCCAUAUUCGUCGAUGAUAUUCUCACUGGUCACGAUUCUGUAGUAAAGGCUCAAGCUCUCCAAAACGACUUGAUUAACUUACUAGCCUUAGGUGGUUUUCAGCUCAGUAAAUGGACCUCAAACUGCCCUCAGCUUCUUGAAAGAUUUCCCGAUGAUCAGUGUGACAUGCCCAAGGACUUUGACAUUAGCCCAGACUCCAACUCCAUAAAAGUAUUAGACAGUACCAUUGUCCUAGCAUGGCUAAACACACCUCCUCAUAGACUUCAGGUCUUUGAAGCUAACAGGGUUGCCAAGAUAACAUCCAAUCCAAUCACCUCCACAUGGAAACAUGUUCCUACAAACCUGAACCCUGCAGACUGUGCGAGCAGGGGAAUGUCUGCCCAGUCACUAUCGGCUCAUGAUCUUUGGUGGUCUCCUAGCUGGCUGAAGGAGCCUCCUGACACCUGGCCCAAAAUGCCUCCUGCUCUAGGCCACCAUGCAUUACCAGGUCUGAAGCCCAAGAAAGUACCAGCUCAUAUAGCAGUUCCUGACCUCGACCUUGACUUGCUUACUCGAUUCAGUUCUCUCGACAAGCUCGUUGGAGUGACAGCUUGCAUAAAACGCUUUAUUUUCAAUUGUAGACACAACUCAACUGAUAGGCGCUCUGGUUCCUUGACAGUUGGAGAACGUAGAGAUGCUCUGUUAUUCUGGGUUCGCUCUGUUCAACACAAUGAGUUUGCGGAAGAUAUUUACCGUCUUCAGGCAGGCAAGAUUUGUACCGUUCGACUUCAGCGUCUUUCACCCUUGAUGAAAGAUGAUCUCUUGAGAGUUGGUGGUCGCCUAACUCAUGCGCCAAUAAGAUACGAUGCUCAGCAUCCUCUCGUUCUGCCCAGCUCUAGCCCACUAGUUGAUCUCAUCAUAGACCACUAUCACAGAAUAAACUGUCAUCCUGGGGCUGACACAUUACACGCUAUCCUCCGUCAGCAGUUCUGGAUACUCUCAGCACGUCGUGCCAUCAGGCAUCGCGUGUACAAAUGCAUUAGAUGUUUCCGAUAUCGCGCUCAGGCCAGAGCUCCGAUGAUGGCUGAUUUGCCCGCAGAUAGGGUCACACCUCAGCCAGUAUUUAGUCAGGUCUCUACAGAUUUUGCUGGCCCGUUUCUCAUUAAAUCUAGUACUUUACGUAACGUCAAACUCAUGAAGGCAUACUUUUGUGUCUUUGUUUGCUUAUCUACCAAGGCGGUUCACUUGGAACUCGUUUCGUCACUCAGCACUGAAGCGUUUCUUGCUGCAAUGCAACGGUUUGUAUCGCGUCGCGGUACUCCUAAUCUUGUCCGUUCUGACUGUGGCACAAAUUAUGUAGGAGCUAAGAAUCAUCUCAUUGAGGUACAAGAUUUUCUCGCGCAAAAUAAUGACACAAUCACGCAUAGGCUCGCUAAUCAGCACAUAACUUGGCUGCUCCAACCGCCCACGGGACCCUGGUUCGGGGGCCUUCACGAAAUUGCGGUCAAGAGCACUAAGAAGUUACUUUAUCAUGUUAUAGGUGAACAGCACCUCACGUUUGAAGAAUUUUCCACACUUUUAACUCGAGUCGAGGCAGUACUUAAUUCUAGACCUCUCUGCCCACUUUCGUCAGAUCCCUCCGAUUUUGAGCCACUAACAGCUGGCCACUUUCUUAUUGGCCGUCCACUCACCGCUCUUCCUGAGCCAUCUUUUGAUGAUAGGCCAUUAUCAGCUCUUAAGCGUUUUCAGCUCAUCCAAGCUCUCUCUCAGUGUUUUUGGACUCUGUGGACCAAAUCCUAUCUCCAUACCCUCCAAACCCGCUCCAAAUGGCUUUCCACAUCCUCACCUCCUCGAGUUGGAGAGCUCGUCCUCAUCAAAGAGGACAAUCAGCCCCCGCUGCAAUGGAAACUUGGAAGGAUUAUCCGCACGUUACCCGGCAAGGAUGGAGUGAUCAGAGUCGUGGAUUUGGACACGAAGCAUGGAAGUCUGCGGAGACCUGUGUUCAAGUUAGCCAGGUUGCCGCUGGAUUCAGCACAUGAAGAAGUUCAGCCCCGGCCGCCCCAGGAUGUGUAUGUGCCACCCAUCGCAGAGAAACACCACUACGACCGUGAUAGUGCCAGCAUCAGCCUCCAAGCAGGGGGCCGAACCUCUAGCCAGGGGUCCGCGCCUAGGGGGCACGCAGGAUUCUGUAAAGUAUGCAUAGGGAAGAUAGAUCCCUACGCAGUGCCAAAGGAUCUAGCCGAUCGGCAAGUUCAGGAUCGUCGACAAUCCGAGAUGCCCUACGUUGGAUUCGGUCAAAUGGAGAUAGCUGAUAACCCGGAGCACCGGCCCAAAGGUGGCAACAAUACUCCAUGUGAGGCCUCACCUGCGCCUUAUACAGCUUAA